CCGCUGCUUCAACAGCUAUAACAACCCCUUCUUCCUCCUCUUACCUCCCACUCCCCCUUAUAGCAGCCUUGGGCUUUCCAGGGCGGGGAAGCCACACCAUCUGCCCACCAUGGAGGCCUGCCUCCGCUCUCUCCUCCUCCUCUUCCUUCUCUUCUCCUCCUCCUUGUCGUCCGCGUUAGCUCUCUCAAGCGUCGAAGCUGCCCUGAUCGCCCGCCGCCAGCUCCUGGCAUUGUCCAAGAACGGCGACCUCCCCGACGAUUACGAGUUCGACGUCAAGGUCGACCUCAGCUUCCCCAACGCCCGCCUCCGCCGCGCCUACAUCGGCCUCCAGGCCUGGCGGCACGCCUUAUACUCCGACCCCUCCAACUUCACUGGCAACUGGGUCGGCGCCGACGUGUGCGGCUACCGUGGCGUGUUUUGCGCCCCGGCACUCGACGACCCGAAGCUCACCGUCGUCGCCGGCGUCGACCUGAACGGCGCCGACAUCGCUGGCUACCUUCCCGUCGAGCUCGGCCUCCUUACCGAGGUCGCGCUCUUCCAUAUCAAUUCCAACCGCUUCUGCGGCAUCAUCCCCAAGAGCUUCUCCCGGCUCGUGCUCCUCCACGAGCUCGACGUCAGCAACAACCGCUUCGUCGGGCCGUUUCCGAUGGUCGUCGUCGGCCUACCAUCUUUAAGGUACCUCGACCUCCGGUUCAACGACUUCGAGGGCGCCCUCCCGCCGGAGCUCUUCGACAAGGGCCUCGACGCCAUCUUCCUCAACGACAACCGUUUCAGCUCUCCCAUCCCCGACAACUUCGGCAACUCCACGGCGUCGGUGGUGGUUCUGGCCAACAACAAGCUCGGCGGCUGCAUUCCCGGUAGCACCGGAAGGAUGGGAGCCACCCUGAACGAACUCGUACUGUUGAACAACGGGCUCGUCGGUUGCUUGCCGUCCGAGGUGGGGGAGUUGGGCAACGCGACGGUGUUGGAUGCGAGCUGGAACUCGCUCACCGGCGAUCUCCCGACGAGCUUUGCGGCGUUGAGCAAGGUGGAGGACCUGGACUUGUCGCACAACGUCCUCACAGGAGUGGUACCGGAGAAGCUCUGUCGCUUGCCGAGCCUCACCAACUUCACGUUCUCCUUCAACUACUUCAAGGGCGAAGCCGCCGAGUGCGUGCCCUCGGCCGGGUCUGAUGUCGCUUUCGACGACAAGGGCAAUUGCCUUGAGAAGCGGCCCGGGCAGAAGUCGGCGAAGACCUGUUAUCGGGUGUUGAGUCGCCCUGUGGACUGCAGCAAAGAUAAAUGUAGGUCUUCUCCGAGCUCUUCCACUCCCUCUUCGGCCACACCGACAUCUCCGAAGUCUUCACCUAAGCCGGCUACGCCGUCUCCGAAACCUUCAACAAAGCCGGCGACGCCAACAUCUCCGAAGGCAUCACCUAACCCGGUGACACCGCCACCUCAGGAGCCAUCGCCUGCGCCGGUGGCAGCAACCCCUCCAAAAUCAUCACCGAAGCCUCCAACGCCCAGGGCACCGGCGAAGUCACCGCCGCCACCUCAGCAUUCCGAGUCGCCAGUGACACCGGUGCACUCACCGCCACCAGCUCCGCAUUCCGAGUCACCCGUGACACGAGUGCAUUCUCCUCCUCCACCUGUAAGCACACCACCGCAACAGGCAUUCGCCUCUCCGCCUCUUGCUCAGUCGCCAUCCCAACCAGAGCUCCGCUCUCCACCUCCACCAGUAGUAUCACCACCUCCACCGGUCUAUUCUCCACCUCCUCCAGUCAACUCACCACCACCUCCAGUUCAUUCAUCACAACCUCCACCGUACUCACCACCCCCACCAUCUGGAUCAUCAUCUCAACCCCCACCUUCAAUCAAUUCACCACCACCACCACCACCUCCGCAUUCCGAGUCACCCGUGACACGAGUGCAUUCUCCUCCACCACCACCUGUAAGCACACCACCGCCUCAGUCAUUCGCCUCCCCGCCUCUUGCUCCGUCGCCAUCCCAACCAGAGCUCCGAUCUCCACCUCCACAAGUAGUAAUACCACCACCACCGGUUUCUUCUCCACCUCCUACAGUCAACUCACCACCACCCCCACCGUCUGGAUCAUCAUCUCAACCACCACCUUCAAUCAAUUCACCACCACCACCACCCAUAGCGUCAUCUCAAUCAUCACCACCAGUACACUCUCCUUCAUCCCCUGUAUACUCACCACCACCACCCACAGUAUCAUCCCCAUCACCAGCUCCGUCGGUAGCAUCACCUCCAGCGCCCGUGUCAUCAUCUCCACCACCACCCACAGCAUCAUCCCCAUCACCAGCUCCGUCGGUAGCAUCACCUCCACACGCCCGU